ACACACACACACAUACUCUCUCUCCCUUUCACACAGCUUCACAAAUGCACAGCCCGGAGCUGGACUGGCCGGAGGAAUACAACAUCUGAUUGAAAGCUCUGAUGAGUAAACGUCUUUCGGUUGGCGCUGUUUGUGAUUAAUGGAACAUCAAAAGCUCAGUGUGAUACAUUCCCGAGGAUACGAGUCUGCCAGGGACACAUAAACAUCAUUAAUGAAGAAGAAGCAGAUUGAAGAGAGACGGAACGAGGAGUGAAGGAUGUAGAGCUGGAGGUGGGGGCAGGAUGGAGUGCUCCUGGAAGACGGUGCUGCUGCUGGUGUGCACGUCUCUUGGGGUCCAGUACACGGCUAUCCAAACCCUGAGGGACUCACUGUCUGGACCCUGCCAAAGAGCCUACCGCUGCAGGAGCAGAUACCACAGAGAUUCCAGAUGGGCUGCCCUGUGCGAUGACAGCUGGAUGCCCACCGAGUUGCCUCAGAAGCAUAUACUGCUUUUUGCAACCACGCGUAGCGGCUCCUCCUUCACAGGACAGCUCCUCAACCAGCAUCCUGGGAUCUUCUACGUUUUUGAGCCCCUCUACCACGUCCAGCAGGCCUUCACUAACUCCAGCAGCAGGCUGCGGCGAACUCUAGACCGCCGGGCUUUACUGGGAGCAUAUAGGGACCUCCUCUUAAACUUGUACACCUGCGACCUUCACUUCAUGGAGAAUUACAUCCGCCCUGAGCCCCAGGACCACAUCACAAGCUCCUUUUUCAGACGGAGCUCGAGCCAUGCCCUCUGUUCUCCUCCGGUUUGCUUGGAAGGGGUGGUUGCUGCAAUAUCUGAUUCACCUGAUGAAAUCUGGUGUCCCAAAAAGUGCGGCGUCCUGAACCUCACUCUAGCCUCCAUGUCAUGUAUGUCAAGAGGACACAUAGCCAUAAAAACCGUGCGGAUCCCUGAGGUGGGAGACCUGCGAACUCUGACGGAGGAUCCGCGACUGGACCUGAAGCUCAUCCACCUGGUGAGAGACCCCAGAGCCAUCCUUGCGUCACGCAUCAUGGCAUUCUCUGACCAGUUUCGUGCUUGGAAAAUAUGGAACGUCACCGGACGGCAGCCUCGAUACGUGGACCUCUCGCAGAUCACCAGCACCUGUAAGGACAUGGCUGCCUCUGCGGAGACAGGCUUUCAGAGACCGGCGUGGCUGCGAGGGCGCUACAUGCUUGUGCGCUAUGAGGACUUGGCUCUUGAUCCAAUUGCCUGGGCGACUGAGAUUUACAGGUUUGUGGGGCUGGAGAUGGAAGACAGGGUGAGGAUGUGGAUUGUGAAGAACACCAACACCAAUGUGUCGGCUCCGUCUGAGUGGAAUUACAAAUACUCCACCACUAGAGACUCCAGAGCCACGGCAGAAAGCUGGAGGCUUCGUCUAAGCUUUGACAUUGUGAGAACGAUUCAGAAUCUUUGCGGCGACACGUUGGCUCUGCUCGGAUACAGGCAGGUUUAUUCCGCAGCCGAACUCAGAAACUUGUCGCAAAGUUUAGUGGAGCACAGAACAUUUCGGCCUGUCACAUGAUGACGCGAGCGAGUUGCUUAUUUAAAAAUGUGUCUAUGCUCAGAUUUCAUUCUGUCAAGACGCUGAUAAAAUGAAUGUAACUUAUUUUAGUUCUGACCCAUGCCUAAAGUCCUUUGCUAUUGUUGGUGGGUUUCUGUUAAAUGUUUCAAAAGUGCCAAUUUUUUCACUGACACAAUGAUGCAAUAUUGGUUCUACUAUUUCUGCUGUAUACCCAUACCUAUAUUACUUAGGUAUUGGCCUGGGGUCCCAAUCAAGGCUGGUACAUGCCGAGCUGCACCCCCAAUGAACUGCGUGACGUUGUAUUUGCUUUGUCAGCUUUUUUAAAUUAUAGCCUAUUAUCAUGGGCACCGCUUACGUGACUGUAUUUAGGCCAUAAUCAUAAUUUUGUUGAUCUAAAAGCCUGGCUUUUUUUUACUUUUAUGGAUCAUUUUUUAUUUUAUUUGUUACAUUUAUCAGAUUCAGAUUUAAGCUAAUUAUUUAAUUUGACAAACAACAUUCUUCUGACUGACAGUAACAUUAACAUUUUGUACUCGAUACAUAACCUGUGGGGCGAGCUAAAGGCUGAGGCGACGACUUUUCAAUCGCAAAAAUUUGGAGUACAUCCCAAAACAUGAAUGGUCAGAAAUACUAGUAUGCAAAUAUUUUCUCAGUAAUUGUAAUGAGCAUUCUAUUGCUACAAUGCCAAAAAAGCUUUUCCAUUGAGAAGGGUGCAUAUAAUCUUUUCGCCAUGUCGGUUUUUGUUAAAAUGUAAAUAAAAACCGAUCAUCUUUUUUAAAAUCCCUUACCCUGAUUGUCUUUUCAUCUGAUAGGAGAUGCCUGAGUUAAUUUUUAUCAGAUUUAAGCUUUUUAGUUGAAUGACUGCCAUCUGUCUCCAUAAUUUUGAGCUCAACCAUGUCUGUUUCACUCCUUAAAAAAUAUUGAUAGUGAGAGACUGUAUUGGCUGUUGCAGAUCCUAGUCUUUCUCUUGGCAUGUGAUCUACUCAAAACUGUCCACAGCAGAGCACAGCUCAAAACUCUUGUCAUCGAACUUUAAGAUGUUCAAAGCAAAUUCCUAAUUUUGUGUGUCACAAGAACAACUUUUACUUUGGUUGUGACGGUACACAACUGUUACCAUACAGGAAACUCUUUGCUUGUUUUUAGUUAAACGCCUUCAGAACAGUCAUUUUGGUUGGUUAGUUAAAACUAGUUAUUUUGUACAUGGACUCCAUUUUAAGGUAGCAUUGAAUUAUGACUCAGCAGCAGAAUCUGAAAUGACACAAACCAAUGUCAGGGACAAAAAAAAUCUUGAUCAGGAUACCCUUAGUAAAAUCCACGAAGACCAAAUCAUGAAUAAGGCGUUAGAUCUUCAAGAACAACACGCCAUGUGGAUUUGAAAAAGGAUUAGGUCAGCAACAAAAUAAAAUCAGGCUUUGUGAGGUUUCAUAAUAUUAUACUAAACUAUUUUCCAGUAUUGAAAUACUGCUCUGACAAGGACGCCUGGAUAGGUGUCAAAAUGUUUUCAGAAAGAAUUGAACGAAAGUCCGGUUGCCUCCAAUUUAAGCCUGUUUGCUGUUACUCGUAGUUAAUACUCGUAUUAACUAAGAGUUAAUGCAGCAUCAUUGUCAUUUUGUAACGAAAAAGAAGUUGGUGGAUUUGAUGUUUCCUGUUUUAAAACCUAGUCUUUAAAUAUUCAAAAACGUAGUAAAUGAUCUGUAUCUCAUGAUUCAGUAUUGUUGUGUUUAAAUGUUUUCAAUUCAUUCCAGCUGCUGAUCUUUCAUUCUGUCUGAUCUGACAAGGGGGGUUAUUGUUCGUUUAUCCCUUAUUUCUCAAGAGAGUCACCCCCUCCCUGCAUAGCAACACAGGAAAAUAAAUAUUAACAAUGACUUCAUGUAAUAUUCAAAGCUAAUUAUUUAAAAAAUAUACCUUGCAAAACUGUUCUAACACAUUUCAACAAUAUUUGACAUGUGGUUUGUGACAUUUCCUUUUAAGUCUUGCAGAGAUUUUACAUCUAGCUCCCAAUUUAAACGUCCAGAGCCAGCAGGAGCAAACGUACAAAUGCAAAUCAUCCAGAACAAAAGGUUACAAAGG